ACCCGCACCUUUGCAAGUUCCUUUUUCCAUCUUUCUCGGAAUUGGACAAGUUUCGCUGAAAACUGAAUUAAUUGAUCGCUCAUUUCAAGACCGUCAUGAGUUCAGCUAUGCUUCACGAAUCCAUCUGGGUCGACAGGCCGAAAUAUGAACAAGCCGAGGCACAUUAUCAAAGAUUUCUCGCGGGAACGAUCGCUCAGCCGGCACAUGGAGCGAAUUCAGUAAAGGCUUCAAGCUUUUCUCCGGUUCAAGAGAUAGCAAAAGCCCGUAAAAAAAUUCAACAGACUCUUAGCACGGCUCCUUCUUCCACACCAGCUGUAGCUGGAGGAGAUACACGNCAUCACCUUCUCAACAGUUAA